CGCCCCCGCGUGCCCCUACACGCUCCGGCGCGCGUGCGCAGAGGCGAUCCGCAGGGCUAGGGCGCGAGGGAAGGGCGGGCGUACGUCCUUGCGUGCGUCUCAGGCAGCGCGCACGCCGGCGUGAGAGGGCACGGGGAAAAGGUGGCUCUGGCCGGGGCGGCUCGGCUUCCUGUGGCUAUGUAGCUGAGCUCGUCCGCUCGGGGUCCUCCACUGCCACCGCCGCGUCCUGGCGCGGAGUUUCUGCUUGGGAGGGAGACUGUCCUCACGCCCGCCGCACUCCCUCGACUGCAGAGCUUGCUUGCUCGCCCGUGGGAGCGUCCCGGCCGAGCAGCCCUGAGGGGGGAGGGGAGGCCAUUUUGUCCCGACCGACUCCCCGGAACCGGGCGGAGCGGCUGGGAGAGGCUGCGGAGCCGCGGUCGCCGCCCUCGGAGGCACCGGACGCCGCCACCGUCGGGGGGCUUCCUCGACGAGGCCGUUCGCAGGUCGCCCGCGCCCUCUCGAGCCCUCGUUUUUCCCACGCUUCCCCGGUCCUCCGGCCUGAGAACGCCCGAGCGAGGAGUUGGCUGUAGUGAGAGGGACCGAUCCCUUGGGGCCGCCGGCGGCGAGAGCCUGAGCCGCUCCUCCCAAUGGCGAAGAAGACGUACGACCUGCUUUUCAAGCUGCUCCUGAUCGGAGACUCGGGAGUGGGGAAGACCUGCGUCCUUUUUCGUUUUUCGGAUGAUGCCUUCAAUACCACCUUUAUUUCCACCAUAGGAAUAGACUUUAAGAUCAAAACAGUUGAAUUACAAGGAAAGAAGAUCAAGCUACAGAUAUGGGAUACGGCAGGCCAGGAACGAUUUCACACCAUCACAACCUCCUACUACAGAGGAGCAAUGGGUAUCAUGCUAGUAUAUGACAUCACCAAUGGUAAAAGUUUUGAAAACAUCAGCAAAUGGCUUAGAAACAUAGAUGAGCAUGCCAAUGAAGAUGUGGAAAGAAUGUUACUAGGAAACAAAUGUGAUAUGGAUGAUAAAAGAGUUGUACCUAAAGGAAAAGGAGAACAGAUUGCAAGGGAGCAUGGUAUUAGAUUUUUUGAGACUAGUGCAAAAGCAAAUAUAAACAUCGAAAAGGCUUUUCUCACAUUAGCUGAAGAUAUCCUUCGAAAGACCCCUGUAAAAGAGCCCAACAGUGAGAAUGUAGAUAUCAGCAGUGGAGGAGGCGUGACAGGCUGGAAGAGCAAAUGUUGCUGAACAUCCUCCUGUUCCGUCAGUUGCCAUCCACCACCCUGUUGGCUCCUCUUGCUGCAAAAUAAACCACUCUGUCCAUUUUUAACUCGAA